AUGGACGCGAUCGACGCGGAGCUCGCGCGCGCGCAGGAGGAGCGGCGCAAGGUGGAGGAGGCGCUGGCGGCCGGCGCGUCCAUGGCCGUGUCCUCCGUCACCUUCGACACCGAUCUCUACGGCGGCGGGGGCGCCGACCCGGACCGCGCCGGCUACGACACCUCCAUCCCUGCCUCCGAGGACGCCGCCGCCGAGGACGAGGCCGCCGCCCCCGCGCCGCGCCGGCUCGCGACCUACACGGGCCACGCCAUCGCCGCCGCCGACCUCCCGCGCUCGGCCGACGGCGACGACGAUGGGCUAGGGCUGCCCAAGCGGUCCCAGCGCAUCAUCGACCGCGAGGACGACUACCGCCGCCGCCGCCUCAACCAGAUCAUCUCGCUGGAGCGCCAUGACCCGUUCGCCGCCGGGGAGGUCACCCCGGACCCCGCGGUGCGGAACUACGCCGACGUCAUGCGCGAUGCCGCGCUGCAGAAGAAGAAGGAGGACCUGCUCAGGGAGAUUGCUAAGAAGAAGGAGGAGGAGAGGAAGGCUGCCGCCGUUCCUGAGCAGCCAGCCGCCAUGACGACGAAGCGACGCAACAGGUGGGAUCAGUCGCAGGAAGGCGAUGCUGCUGCCGGUGCCAAGAAGGCAAAGACAUCGUCGGACUGGGAUGCCCCUGACGCGACUCCUGGGAUUGGGCGUUGGGAUGCCACCCCGGGACGUGUUGGAGACGUGACGCCUUCUGUCAGAAGGAACAGAUGGGAUGAGACACCAACUCCAGGGAGGAUGGCUGAUGCUGAUGCGACACCUGCAGCUGGCGGUGCGACUCCUGGGGCAACUCCUUCUGGGGCUUGGGAUGCGACCCCAAAGCUGCCUGGUGGUGUCACGCCAACCCCUGGUAAGAAGCAGAGAUCAAGGUGGGAUGAGACGCCAGCCGGUAUGGGGAGUGCAACCCCCGGUGGUCUUGGUGGUGCUGCAACACCUGCUGGUUAUACCCCUGGGCCGACGCCAUUUGGUGCAGAGGACCUUGCCACACCAACUCCUAGCCAGAUCGCUCGUGGACCUAUGACUCUGGACCUGUACAACCAAUCCCGGUGGCAGCAGGACAUUCAGGAGAGGAACAGGCCUCUCACCGACGAGGAGCUUGAUGCCAUGUUCCCGCAGGAGGGGUACAAGAUUCUUGAGCCCCCGGCUUCCUACCAGCCCAUAAGGACCCGGGCAAGGAAGCUGCUUGCCACACCAACACCUCUGGGGACACCACUUUAUGCUAUUCCAGAGGAGAAUCGUGGGCAGCAUUUUGAUCUGCCCAAGGAGACGACUGGUGGGUUACUGCUCAUGAAGCCGGAGGAUUACCAAUACUUUGGAGCAUUGCUGAAUGAGGAAGUGGAGGAACAGCUAUCUCCAGAGGAGCCGAAGGAGAGAAAAAUCAUGAAACUGUUGCUCAAAGUGAAGAAUGGCACACCCCCACAGCGUAAAACAGCACUUCGGCAGCUGGCAGACAAAGCCCGGGAAUUCGGUGCUGGACCACUUUUCAACAAAAUCCUGCCCUUACUCAUGCAGCCAACACUGGAGGACCAGGAGAGGCACCUCCUGGUGAAGGUUAUUGAUAGGGUACUGUAUAAGCUGGAUGAGUUGGUCCGUCCCUUUGUGCACAAGAUUCUUGUGGUUAUUGAACCGUUGUUGAUUGACGAGGACUACUAUGCUCGUGUUGAGGGCAGGGAGAUUAUCUCAAAUCUUAGCAAAGCAGCUGGUCUUGCUACUAUGAUUGCUGCCAUGAGACCGGAUAUUGAUAACAUUGAUGAGUAUGUGAGGAACACCACUGCUAGGGCGUUCAGCGUGGUGGCUUCUGCUUUGGGCAUCCCUGCUCUUUUACCAUUCUUGAAGGCUGUCUGUCAAAGUAAGAAGUCUUGGCAGGCUCGGCACACUGGUAUCAAAAUCGUUCAGCAGAUUGCUAUUCUCAUGGGCUGUGCUGUUCUACCACAUCUCAAGUCACUAGUUGAGAUCAUUGAGCAUGGUCUGAGCGAUGAGAACCAGAAAGUCAGGACAAUUACUGCCCUUUCUCUUGCUGCACUUGCUGAGGCUGCUGCACCAUAUGGUAUAUAG